GAGGGAGGGCUGGACCAAAGCUGCAGAGAGGAGACACAACUCUGGCGACACCUGCAAACAAACUCCUCACCAACCGACUCUCACCCGGAGCGAAGAUACACGAACACUGAUGCGGAAUAAGGGUGUGAAAAGUGUUUAUUAAGCGGUGAAGCAAGCAACGGAGAAACUUUAUUGAAAGGUAACAACAAGUUGUGGGAAUUUACGGCAGACAGGACCGAGAGCUGAGAGAGAGACGGCAACAGGCAUCUGGUGGAUGGAGAGAAAAUGGAGGUGGACAGAAGAGAGGUGCCUCUAUAUGGACAGGUGGAGGCAAAUGUGAGGUUACAAGCCAACGCUCCUGAAGACGCAGAGUUUUAUGUAGUUUUACAAGGCUCUAGCCUUACACAUGUGACUGCAGCAAAAAAAAAAGAUGAUGGGCUGACCCUUUGCUUCACAGUUCCCGGCCAUUCCCUUGUGGAAGUUGUCUCUGUCACAUCCUACUUUUACGCAGAAGACCAAGUCAAGCCAUGCGAGGGUGAAGCAUCUCUUGAAUACCUCAGAGAUGUUGCCCAGGAGGCAGCAGAAUACCUGAGUGCAAACAGGGACCAGCUUGGCCCCCAAAGCUACCUGGAAGUCCUGAAGAGGUUUUCCGCGUUGGUGCAGGGAGCUGAUGAGGAGCUCUUCGCAGCAGGCCUGGACUGCAAUGAGGAGGAUGUGCGGCUCAGACAAAGUUCAGAUGAUGAAGCUGGUCUCAGGCAGCUGGACGAGAAGAUCACACAGGCUAUGGCCAACAUGGAUUACCCUCAGCAGUGGAAAAACACCGGCAGUCAGCCGAGAGACGCUGCUGAGCUUGAGCCCAGAGAAACCCUCCUUCACCUUGCAGUCCGUUUGGGUUUGGUUCAUCUCUCCCGUUUCUUAAUCCACCAACCAAGAGGUCAAAGGGCAUUGACCCUACCCAAUCAGGAGGGAGACGCGCCUCUCCAGUUGGCUCAGAAGGACGGACAGCAUGCCAUGUUCAGGGUGCUGGCAGCUCCUCCAGGUCCUGUUGACGGCCCUGUUCCAGGUGUGUGGUGUGUGUGGUCCGACAGCUCCUGCAUGCUGAGGUUUUGUCCCGGGACGGACUCCCUGAGCUUGACUGUGCGACAGACACCUGGCAGCCGCCCUCAGGACGGCAUCUUGAUCCUCCGAGACAGACGGGGAGACCACAGCAUCCUUAAACUGAUCAAUGUGCUCAAAGCUGAUAGUGAGGCAGACAAGAGAGGCAAAGAGGAAUUCCUUCCUAGUGAUGGAGGAAUAAGCACGGAGCUCCGAGUGGAAGAGCCCGCGCUGGUGGACAAUGUUUUUGAAGAACAACUUGUUCUUUCUUUGGAUGAUGACGAUGAAGAAGAGUACCCAUCCUCUUUAUCUGUAAAUGGGCAUCCCAUGCAGUCCAGUGAAGUCCAGAGCCAGUCGGCACAGCAUGCUACAGACCCUCUGCUCUCCAUGAUCAACAGCAGCGAUCAGACCUUCACACAUCAAACACAGGAAGAAGAUGACAACAUCAAGUGUAGCGUCAGUGAAGUGACCAGGGACAGCACAGGGACAGACAGCGGGUUAUGGGACACGGUGGAUUCGGACGAUCUCCUGCUGCUAGCCACUGACACUCCUCCUCCCUAUUCAGACGAUUUCUACACUGCCUCUCUACCCUGCUCUCCCCCACUCUCACCCGCUGGCCAGGCACUCGCCAGGCUGAGCCGCCCCGCCUACUCUGAGCCGACAGAUCAGAGAGAAAGUCCGCCCAUGGACACCUGCGACCUCAGUCUGGUGGCUCUGGAAGUGGACAGUGAAGAGGACAGCCCUGAGCCAAAGUCUCCGCUUUCCCCGCUCUCGUCAGAUGUUGAGAAAAGUGAAGACAAAAGGGAAAUCCUUUGUCCCUCCCCUGACCUCACGUGCACUCGCAGCCAAUCUGCCUCAGCAUGUGAACCCAUCACAAAAGAAUUGGGUGACCAGGGGAUUCGGCUGCGUUCAUAUUCCUACUCUUCCCCCAAAAUCAGCUUCCGUCCUGCUCGUUUUGCCCGGGACAACAGCACUUCAGAUAUUAGCCCUGAUGCCGUGCUCCACAGUGUCAGCCACAGCCGAUCUCUCCUUCAGGCCCUCUCUCUGUCUAAAUCUCUGUCUCUUCUCCACCCUGGUAAGCAAAGAGCAUCCAGUAUAUCAGAGCAGUCACAUGAAAACAGGGAGAUUAGGUUCCGUAAGCGAGCCCAGUCUGCUGAUGAUGAUGAGGACAGCAUGGAGCUGGCAGAGUCCCUCCAACAUCUUACACUGUCUGAGUUCCUCAAAGAAAUUGAAGAGGAGGAGUUGGAUAAAUACAACAUCCCGACAAAGGUGGAGUCAGAGAAGUACAAAGUCAUUCGCACCUUCAGUUUUCUCAAGAGCAGGAUGUCCAGUACGCGCAACAAGACCAAGGCGAAGGGGAAGGACAGAGAGGCCAAGGAUAGGCAGCUGAAUGGACAUCGGUUUAACACAGGGUCCUGUUUGGGCCCCACCGUGUGCGUGGUUUGUGAGAAACCGGCAUCUGGAAAAGACCUGCUGCAUUGCUCCAGUUGCACUACUAUCGUCCAUAAGGGCUGUCAGGAAUCUGUCCCCCCAUGUUUGAAGAAACUUCAGGAUAAGUAUGCCUUUACCAUGGUGAAAAACAGGACAGCAUCCCUCCCACAGAAUUUCACAGUGAGAGACAGUCCUCCUCAGUGUGUUGUCCCCAUCUCUACCUCUCUACCCCUCAUGAAAGACACUGCGACCCACCUGUGCCUACUCUCUGGGGCUUUCCCAAACAGUGACAGUCAGCUCAGUGAGAGUUCAGAGAAAGAGUCUGAUGCCUGGAAGGUGACCAGCCGAUCAGAAGAGCUCCUGCCGACUCCAGUGUCCUCAACUUCCACUGACUCAUCCUUCGGAGAAGACUGCGUGGACGCAUGCAUCCACAGUGACAUCUUGGCCGAUGCUGUGGAUUACGAGGCUGAGUCGUGGAGUCUUACCGUGGAGCACAAGUUCUGCAAGAAGCAGGACAAACGAGCUGUCAAGAGGCAGGAUGUUAUCUACGAGCUGAUGCAGACCGAGCUUCACCACCUACAGACGCUACACAUCAUGGCCGAGGUUUUCCGGCGAGGCAUGAGGGAGGAAGUGCAGCUAGAUACAGAAGCGGUGGAGCGGGUCUUCCCCUGUCUGGACCAGCUGCUUCUCUUCCACCACGCCUUCUUUGCUGCCAUGAAAGAGCGGCGACACAGCUCCGCCCAGCCCCAGGGACACAGCAACUACCUCAUCCAGCGAAUAGGAGACGUCUUGCUCCAACAGCUUUCAGAUGAGAAUAGCGAGAAAAUGAAGCAGGUGUAUGGAGAGUUCUGCAGUCGCCACAACGAAGCAGUCAGCUUUUUCAAAGAGCUCCAGCAGCAUAACAAGAGAUUUCAGAACUUUGUUAAGCAACAAGGUAAUAAUUCUUUGGUGAGACGGAGGGAGAUCCCAGAGUGCAUCUUGCUGGUAACCCAAAGGAUUACAAAGUACCCAGUGCUCUUGGAGAGGAUCCUAAAAUAUACUCAAGAGGAAACAGAGGAGCAUGCAGACCUUUCGAAAGCACUGGCUCAGAUUCGAGAGGUGAUAGCAGCCGUGGACCUCAGCGUCAGCGAAUACGAGCGGCAUCAGAGGUUACAGGAAGUGUGGAACCGCAUGGAGAACCGCAGCGCAGCCAAGCUGAAGAACGGCCAUACCUUCCGCAAGCAGGACAUGAUGGGGCCGGGACAAACGCUCAAACACCAGGGCCUGCUUCUGUGGAAGACUGCCACCGGUCGACUCAAAGAUGUCCUGGCUCUCCUUCUCACAGAUGCACUCAUCUUCCUGCAAGAAAAAGACCAGAAGUUUACGUUUGCCACAGUGGAUCAGAAGCCUCCAGUCAUCGCACUGCAGAAGUUAAUAGUGCGAGAAGUAGCAAACGAAGAGAGGGGGAUGUUUUUGAUCAGCGCGUCAGCCGCCGGGCCAGAAAUGUAUGAGGUCCACACAUCAUCCAAAGAGGAACGAAACACGUGGAUGAGGCUCAUUAGAGAGGCUGUAGAGAGCUGUCCGGAGGAAGAAGAAGAAUACACAAGUGAAUCUGAAGAGGAGAAGCGAGCUGCCGAGGCCCGUAUUCAGAAGAUCAAUAAGCUACAAGAGAAUCUGCUGAGCCAGGACCAGCGGAUCUGCUCCAGCCUGGAGGAGAAGCUGCAGGUCUACGCAGAGCUCGCUGCUCUGAGUGGGAGGACGGACGCCUCGCUGGUCCAACCACGACUGCUCGUCCAGCCGCACCCCGAGGAGCUGCCCCAGGCUGCCGUGUUGCUGGCUGCAGCUCUGCAAGAGGCUAAGAACCUGAAAGCCACGCUGUCAUCCAAGGCCUGUUCUCCACCGAGCCACAGCCCGGACUCUGACACCGACUCUGUGUUUCCUGUCAGCCCUGCUACGCUUGCACAGCCCCCGUCAGACGGGCUCUCAGAGGCCCUUGAGCUUCAGUCCCCAACUCUCUUGCAAAAAACAGACACAAAUGACAUCGACUUCAAGGUUGCUCAAAGUGUCCAAAGCCUGACCCAGUUACUCUACAGUCUGCAAGCCGCAGUGACCAUCCAGGACAGCUGUUAUGAGGUCCAGAGGCUCCUCCUCCAAGAGACUGGGCGUCCUUCCCCCCGCGCCCAGCGGCCGCACCUUCCGAGCAUCCGGGGCAACACCCUACAAGAACAGGAGAAGCAGCGUAACCUGGAGAAGCGGAAGGAGGAGGUGGCAGCAGCUCAGCGGCUCCAGAACCGACUGCGCCAAGAGAAGGAGCGCUGGGAGAGGGAGUGCCAGGCCAGGGAGAGCCAGCAGGGGGAGCAGGAGAGCAGACUGGAGGAGAGGGAGAGGCAGUGCCACCUGGAGACGGAGAGGCUGAGGCGCGAGAGGGACGAGUUGGAUGAGCAGUUGGAGGAAUACCAGCAGAGUCUGGAGCGGCUCAGGGAGGGCCAGAGAAACGUGGAGAGGGAGCGCGAGCGUCUGGAGAACCAGCAAAAGCUGCUCCAGAGCUGGAGACACAGCCGGCAGAGUAGUCUGCCCACUGUGAUUCCUCCCAUGGUCAUCCCUCUAGAUGGGCAGCAGGACUCAACACCAAGUCAGUCCAGAGACCACGGCGGUAACGGCUCCGUGUUUGUGAAUGAGGCUGCGUUCGCCAGCACCAGUGUCAACAAUCGCCACGUCCACCACAAAAGAAAUGACCCCAACGCACACAAUUGUCUCAACACCCUGCUGGCAAGAUCCAACAGCAGACAUGUCUCCAUUGCUAAGGCUCCCCACAGUCCACACUCAGACUCCCAGGGAUGGAUGAUGGGGACAGGAUACCUGUGCAGCCCUGCAGGGAGGCUGGGGCUGCAGCAAACACCCAGUGAUCUUGACAGUCACAGCUACAUCGGCGAGACCAGGUCGUCAACAGCAAGUGGAGCUAACCCAUAUCCAGUGCUGCCACAUCCCAGUGACCCUCAGCUGGACCUCAGUGCACUGGUUUCCUUGGAGACUGACAGCGGAGGGGAGGAGGGCAGUGAGGAAACCAUUGUGUACCUCUGAAUGUUGAUAGAUUUCAGACUCUAAACAGCCAACCCCGCACUUGAAAAAAAGACAUUCAUGAAGCAUCAGAAUUGGAUCCAGGGUUUGCUUCAGAAAGCAUUUCUCUCAGUCUUUUGUUAUGUUUUUCUUUUAUAUAUUUGAAAGAUUUUUGUGGUCUUUUUGUAAUUGUAAAUUUACUGGAAAUACGAAGAGAGACACAGAGAUAAAGAAGGUUGUUUCAGACUC